CUGAUGGUAUCAAACUUACUGGGCAAGAUGAUGGGUGCUCCGGCAGUCGAGAAAGAGGACGCGGAACAGCUGAAACGGCUUCAUGACACAAUCCGUGGGUGUCUCGAAGCAAUAAAUAAUUUGGGGACAGACACAGCAUCAUGGGAUACAAUUGUAAUAAAAAUUGUAUCAGACAAAUGGGAUGUUGAAACCAACAAGCUGUUCGAGCAGUCACUGAAGCAACCAAGUCAAAUACCCAAAUUAGAAGAAGUGAUGGAGUUCUUGAAGUUGCGGUUCCAGUCCUUGGAGGCAUCAGAACAAAGACCAAAACAAUUCCAAGAGCAAUCAACAUCGAAGUCAAGAUGGCAACCCACCAGCGCAAUUACAUGUUACUACUGCAAACAACAUCAUUCCAUGGAAAGGUGCCCGAAAUUUCAGACGCUUGCAGCACCACAAAAGAUGAAGAUCGUUAGGGAACAGCAGCUGUGCAUCCGGUGCAUGAAACAUCAUCAACAAUACAAGUGUUAUUCCACAAUUAACUGUGCAACAUGCAGCAGACCACACCAUACCAUGCUGCACACCCCAUACAACGGAACAUCAACACAGGCUACAAGACCAGCGAAAUCAGCCUCCCACGCAGUCACAAGGUCGGGACAGAUGGAGACGAAAAGACAAGACCACCAAGUGUUGUUGGCAACCGCAAUGGUGAGAGUCCAGGAUAUAAUGGGCGAUCAGCAAGUGCUGAGGGUUUUGGUGGAUCCAGGGUCACAAGCAUCCUUCAUCACCGAACAAGCGGCCCAGGAACUGAAGCUACCAAGAACCAAGAUAACUGCGAUGGUUUCGGGGCUUGGAAAUAAUGAACCGAAGACAGCAAGGUCCCAAGUUAUGGUUCAUCUGCAGCCACGGCACUCAAGUAAAUACAUGUUAACAACAGAGCUGAUCGUGCUACCCAAAAUUACCGAAAAUUUACCACGGCAAUCAUUCAAGAUGGAAAUGGAAUCUUGGCAAAAUGUGGUACUGGCAGAUCCAACCCUAAACAUCCCAGGUCCAAUAGACAUUUUAUUAGGAGCACACGAUUAUGCAAAAAUAAUAAUGGAAGGGAUCAAGAAGACAGAAAGCGAGCUACUUGGACAACAGACGCAGUUCGGAUGGGUUAUAUCUGGACAAAUCACGUAUCCAGCAAAGAAGGGGAGACCGGUACUAGGAAUGGUAUCGGUGAUUAAUGAGGACAAACAAUUAGCCAAAUUUUGGGAACUGGAGGAGGUAGAUGUCCCAAUUCGACAGAGCGAAGAAGAUCAAUGGUGUGAAGACCAUUAUGUUGCCACCACCACCAGAGGUCCAGAUGGAAGAUAUACCGUCAGAAUACCAUUCAAGGAGGAACCAAAAGAAAUGGCAAAAUCGCGGCCACUUGUAGCAACACGAGCAAUUCACCUGGAGGUUGUUAGUGAUAUGACAACAGAGGCAUUCAUUGCAGCACUAAAAAGAUUCACGGCCAGGAGAGGACGUUGUCAGCACAUAUACAGUGACAAUGGUACCAAUUUCGUGGGUGCCAGCAAAAUUCUGGAACAAGUUCAACCCAUCGUGCAAGGGAAGGAUGUUCAAGAAGAAUCCACUUCUAUUGGAACGCAAUGGCAUUUCAUCCCACCAGCAAGUCCACAUAUUGGUGGAAUCUGGGAGAGUGGCGUCAAGUCACUUAAAUAUCACCUGAGACGAGUAAUAGGCGAGGCGACGUUAACAUACGAAGAAUUAGCCACGUUAACUCAACAGAUAGAGGCGUGUCUAAAUUCGAGGCCAUUAAUUAACACCGGAGAAGUAGUAGAUGACAGCAUGCUAUUAACACCGGCGCACUUUCUGAUUGGAAAACCUAUAUUAGAGCCGUUUGAAGAAACAGGAGACAACAAUGUCAAUCUGCCCAGUAGCAUGGAAAUUUUGGCACAUCCAAUAAAACGAACAAUGGUGCAACGGAAUGACACUCACAUACGCGUGUUCGGAGUGUUUGUGGUGGCAGAGAUCACGGAAUACGUGAUUAUGAAGAUCACCCCCAUUCCUUUAAAGAUGGAAGAUUCAACCGUUUGGGAAUUAAGUACAGACAACAACAUAAUUAGCGUUGACUACAACAAUCAAUUAUACUUCGAAUUAACGGACGAAGAAUUCAAGAACAGCAUUAAGAUAGAGAAGCACAAAUUUCUAUGUGCACCUACAGUAGUAAAAAAGAUGGAAGACAGCCCUAACUGCAUCAUAAGGGAAAUUUACAACCAUACGGAGAACAGCAAUUGUAACAUUCAACAGCAUACAAUUACCAGCACCAUAUGGAAACAACUUUACAUGGAAAACACGUGGAUGUUUAUUACCAAACAACCCACAAGAGUGGCAAUCAUAUGCAACGGACGUCGACAGGAGGUUAUGUUAAACAAUACGGGAAUCAUCAACCUAUCCCAGGAUUGUCGACUACAAACGAGGCAAAGCAUCUUAAACCCGAGAAGAGAUAAAUCUAUAAUGGUACUCGGCAGUUACAUCAAACACGUUAAUAUCAGUACUCAACAUACCAAGAGGCACCCACACCACGUACAUCCACUGGAAGAACCUGUAGUGAAGGCCGGAGAACAGUUGAACCAGCUAAGGGAUAAGGAGCAAGAACUACAAAAUCACAUUAGGGAAACUGCAUGGCAGAAAGUAACAACACAUUCAAUGAUGACGAGCACUCUAACUACCAUAAUAAUCAUUACGGCAUCAUUGGCUAUUGGAGGAGGUUAUAUCUGGUAUAAACGACGACAACAACCAUCCCGGCAAACAACAGAAGACAUAAAGAUGGAACCAAUAAUAUAUGCUCAACCAGAAACACAAGGGCAGAACACCGUUGGAGCUGUCGCGAGUCGGCAGAAUGUUUAAUAUUCAUCAAACAAGAAUUUAGUUUCGCGUAAAUACGACCUAGAAUAGUUGCAUUACAACAAUUGGCAAGUAAGCAGUUAAGCAAGAGUAACAAUAAAUUAUUAUCGUAGGUUUUAUGUAGAGCAAUUAGGAAAUGGGUUGUAGGAAAUUGUAUACUAUUAAUAACGUUGUCAUCAAAAUAUGUAGAGUAGGUAAUUGCAAUGUGCACAAUCAUUCUGUAUAUAAACUGUACAAAAAGUAGAAUAAAGCGACUAUUGAAUAAAACGUCUUUAGUUCACCUGCAUCUGAGCGUCCAGGCCAUAAUUUGGGGAAUGAGGCCGUUCUCCACUCAGUGCAGUUUAAUAAUAUCCC